AUGGCAUCAUCACAGGUUGAAAUAGCUUCCUUUGAUUCAACACCAACAUGGGUUUCAAGUGUUGCUAAAAAAAACAAACCUGGAAGCCUAAAUUUCAACAAAAAAUUUCCUAAUGUAUUUGGAGACAAAAAUGAUUCUUCUUUGUCUGCAUUGGUGAGUCCAAGGCACUCAAAGAUCAUUGAUCGAUGGGCCGCAAGACAAGCUCAAGAAGUGGCAAAAAAUCUUGAAAAAAAUAAUGAGAAUGUUGUUGUUAAGAGGUUUGAUAAUUUUCCUUCAAGGUCAUCAAGUUUCAAUUCUAGGAGAGGUUCUGUUUCACCUCCUCGUUCUGACGGAUCAUCUGAAAGCGAAAAAACAUUCAACAUUGGUGCUUCUUCUCUUGUUCAAAUGUGGGAAAAAAGGCUUAACAACCAAUCCAAUUGCACAAAACAAAAUGCACCAUCAUAUGUAAGAACUAAUUCUGAUGCAAGUAGCAAUGAGAUUAAUGCUAGUUCUGUGGAAGAACCAGAAAAAGGUGAAUCCUCUGAUGAAGCAUAUUCAUAUGGAGAAUAUGAUAAACCAAGACUAAGUAUUGAUGAAACUUGUUCACCAAAAGUGCAUUAUAAUUUAGAUGCUUUUAAAAGCGAGAAAAUCAAGGUUGCUGAUAUUAUAAAGAAACUUUCUGUUACAAAUGAUGAGAAUGAUCAUGAACAAAGUAAUAGUGCGACGGGUUCUCCAUGUAUUUCCACACCAAAACAAUUAGCAGAACAUAGAGGUUUUGGUCAGGUCACAAGCCACCCACGUAUUAGAGGGCGCCAAGCAUUUAAUGAUUUGAUUAUGCAGUUUGAGUGUGAUCGACAUGGCGAGCUCAACAAUCUUGCAGAGCGAGGCGCGGUUUCUAAGUUCACACAAAGAGGUCGCAUUCAGUCAUUGCUUCGACUUCGAUUAUUACAACGUGGAGUAGCAGCUUUUGAUCCAUCCAGCUUGAAAUUAACAACACUGGAAGGGAACAAAAAACAAUCAACAACACCCGAAGGGAACAAAAAACAAUCAACAACACCGGAGGGGAACAAAAAACAACAAGGAUCAGUAAUUAUGCAACUAAGGGAAAGAUUUAACACAAAAGAUGAACAGAAAACUUCAUCCCUAAUAGAAGUGUCCGAGCCGAGAAGUAUAGACAGGGAGACCAUAAACAAUACCGCACAAUUGAAUAAAUUUCACACUACUAAUCAACUUAACAAAGAAAUUGUUUGCAGCAAGAUAGUCACUAACAUCCACACUAAGAAAAAUAAACUGAAUGUAGUUUCUCAAACUAGGGCAGAUAUCAAAGAAGAAGCCCGUAUAAUUUAUGGUUUUGACCCUCAAAAUCACGGUCCAAAAGAAAUUCCUGUGGAAUUAUCAUCCAAGGUUGACUCAAACGCAAAUGAUAUAACUGAUAAAGUCGAGGCAAGAGACCAACAAUUAUAUGAUACUAUUGAAACCAAUUAUUACAAUGAAAUGUUAGAAGAGAAAGAGUGCAGUGACUAUAAUUAUGAUGAAAUUAGCGCAAGUUAUGACUGGGCGAGUCCUAUUUCCCGGCCUAGAAGCUACUGGGAAGAGCUCAGACAAGAAUGGUAUAAGGAAAUGCUUGACUUUGCUUCUGACAACGAUGAGAGACGUAAACUCCUUGAAAGAAAAACAGUUUCAACUGUCCUUUCUAGUGACUUUCGAGAAAAGAUGGAUAAAUUGAUGGAGUCUCAUGUGGGAACACAAACACACUUGGUCAAUAAUCAAUGCGACGAGGAAGAUGAAGAAGGAAAUACAAAACAAUUGAUGGCAUUUUAUCACGAUCGCCUUCGUGACACAAGGGAAAAAGAGACGAGGAGUAAUGAGGAAGAAAUGGAUGAAGAGAAGGUAGAGGAGCAUGAACAUGAAAGCAUCAGUAGUGGCUCAGAUCAUGAACUUGGUGAUUGUCAAUCCUCAUCAUCAGCAGACACACCAUCCUCAGCAACAUGGAGUUAUAGAGACACUGAUAUUGGAGAUGAUUCUGAUAGAGUUGCAUUUGUAUCCUCACCAUUGCCUUCUCAAUCUCAAUCUUGCUAUGAAGAUAGUAGAGAAAACUCUCCAUCCGCAAAUCAACGUUCAAUUGAAAUGGAAAUUAUAUACGGUUUGCGAGGGCAAAUGGAACAACUUUUUCAAGAGAUUUCUGAGCUAAGGAAAACAAUAAAAAACUGUGCAGACACACAAAUGCAGAUGCAAUUACAACAAUCCCAAAACCAAGAGGUUCACAAAUUUAAAGACAAGAAAUCCAGUAACAAGACAUCAAAGAAAGGCAUGUGCUGCAUUUGCAAUGAAAAUAAAGUAAACUCAGUUUUAUACAGAUGUGGGCACAUGUGUGCAUGUCUCAACUGUGCCAAUGAGUUGCAAUGGAAAAGUGGAAAAUGUCCAAUAUGCCAAGUUGCAAUAAUAGAUGUUGUCAAAGUACAUACCAACAUAUAA